GGACACUUCGAAAUGGAUCCGAAAUCUUUACAAACUAUGCGUGCGAGUGGUCUGCUGUGCGACUGCACGAUACAAAUUGGCGAUGAGCAGUUGCGAGUGCAUGGCGUAUUGAUGGCGUCACGUUCCGACUACUUUCGAAGUUUGCUGAAUUCGAGAAUGAAAGACGCCAACUUAGUCGAUCUAUCCAACAUGCCAGCAAACCACGAUACGAUUAACUUGAUCGUCGACUUCUGCUACGGCAUACCAGUUCAAGACAGACUCGAUGAGUCGAACAUCGGUCACGUGCUCUGUGCUGCUUCAUACCUCCAAAUGUCCGGACACAACAACCUAAUAGAGAUAUGUGAAGACAAACUGAGAGAACUAACGGAACAAAACCUAACCAGCUGCCUAAACAUUUUGUACAACUGUACUGACAUCGGAGUUGUUGCAGAGAGAGAAGGAGUGACGGAAAAGUGCGUGGAAGGGGCAGUAUGUCACUUCCAAUCGUAUCAAGAAGACGAAAAUGGGCCAUCCGAUGACCUUUGUAAGUCUCUCAAUUUUGAAAACCUUCCUAUUUGCUGGAUGGAGCAAAUUCUAGAAAUAAUGCAGCAAAGUGAAUGUGAUAUGUCGAUGAUCACGUCUGUGUCUACUGCAUACGUUACUUCUAUUAUCAACUGCUACGACAAAGGAAGUCAAAUGGAAGAAACCUCUCCCUAUUCUCUUGACCCUAGUCGCCCAUCAGCAGCAAGCUCGACAACUCUGCUCGAGGCAUUUGAAACAAUCAUGAGUUACGUUCCUGAUGAGGCAUCAACAUUAGGCUCAAAUGCAGCCGCCCCAAUUUGGUUUCCUAUAGCUUUGGAGUUCGCCACCACACAUUCACAGACAUCUGCUGGUCGUAUAUUCUCUAUGUGUGCAAGCAUAUAUGAGGAACUUGCAGACAUUAAUGAUGAUGACAUCGUUGUUUACAAGUUGAAACCAAACAUUAUAAUAGAACUGAACAGAGUGACUCAGGCCAAUCACAGCAAUUUUGCUGAUUGUGUAGAGGAAGUAACCGACCGCUACCUUCUAGUACAAGUUCGGCACCGAUCUCUAACUCCAUCUGAUUUUGUACACGUUUUGCAAUCAACUGAUUGGUGCAGCAGAGACUCGUUUGACGCUCCAUUUGUGGCUCUAAUCGAAAUGUUAGAAAUUCCCCAAGACGUCAUGAAGAUAAAUGAAGAUGAGAUUGCACACAUGGUCGCAAACAUUGAUUUUACAAAGUUGAAUCAAGAUAUGCUAGAAAGAGCAGCAACAGACACUAGAAUACCAAGACAAGUUGUUGUGAUGGCUGCAGUCAACGUUUGCUCAACCCUGCGCUCUCAACUUGCAAUCACAUCUAAGGCGCUUACUGACGAACAAAAGAAAACAGAAACGUUCAAAUCGGCCUUAGACACUGCAAAUCAACGUAUUAGACUGCUGCAGGCAGAAAACCAAACCUUACAGACUGAAAACCAAACCUUAAAGACUCAACUUCAAAUAGAGGAACAAAACAAAAUGAUGGCAUGGGUCAAGACAAUCAAUGGCUGUUGGACUGCAAAACAUAGUGGCAGACCACUCUGUGCUGGUAGAACCGAUGUUUGUCCUAAGCAAACUCUAAGCAUCACUGCUUAUUCUAACAGAUUCUUUUCCACUGGCAUUGAUUUGUGCAUUCGAGACGUUACGGUUAAGCCUGUGCAUUCUCGUGACCAAGGCAGUAUUGCUACCUUUCCGCCCCUCUCUAAUUUCUUUCAGUUAAGUAAGAUCUAUUUCGUGGUUCUUCGUCAAUCAAUGUGGACAUCAUGUCCAUUCAUUCUGGUCAAUGAGACAAGUGACGAACUGUUGACACCGAACGUUGUUGAUAACAAGAUUGACUACAAUAACUUUACUACUUGGCAGCGUAGCUGAGUAACAUAAUAAUUUUUAGUCCCAACAUAUACAUAUCACUAUUCGUAUACACACACACACACACACACACACACACACACACACACACACACACACACACACACACACACACACACACACACACACACACACACACACACACACACACACCACAUUUGCUGUACACGUUGAGCUAGCUUUGUGUACAUAUUAUUCAUAGAACGGAAGUGUGGUGGAGCAACUCAUUUUUAAUACAAAGUAUAGCAUUGAUCUUCUCGGUUUCAGUGAGUAUAUAUACAUUCCCACGCAACAGUAUACUGUACCGCUGAAAGAGAACAUGUUU